CGCCCUCAUACUACUCUUUCGACCACAGAAGAAAGUCUGCUUCAGCUGCUGGAGUCCAGUCUUGCACAAAAGCGAAUAUAGGUCUACCUGCAGCCCUCCGACAAGCGAGAAUAUCAAUUCGAAAAGAAAAAUCACAAGUAUUUCGGUAGAAUUUCCCCCGGAGAAGAAGCAAAAAAGAUGAGUUCCGCAUGCUGGGUCUUCAAGCAUCCGUCCUUCGGCACAGGACCGAUGACAGCGAACAGCAGCUCGAACACACACGGCAGGCAGACUUCACUGUGGAGACCUUGGUUAUCCAGCAGAAAGGAUGGACCAGAGCGAUGCCCACAGAGUCAACUGUCCUGUCCAUACUCCAAGUCUGCAGUGCCAGGCGGCUUCUCGUCAGAUUGGAAACCUCAGGUCUUCCAGCACCCUGUCAGGCUCUUCUGGCCCAAAUCCAAGUCCUUUGACUAUCUGUACAGUGACGGAGAUGCUUUGCUGAAGAACUUCCCCAUUCAGGCAACCAUCACCUUUUAUGAUGAGUCUGAUAGUGAAGAUGAGAAUGAGGAGGACUGGGAGGAGGAAGAUGAAUCUCAGGAGUUCUUUAAACAGCAGUCUCAUUUGACCAAUUACAACUGAGUGACAGGUAGCAUCUCCAUUUCCUGUCAAAUGGCUGGAGAGAUUUCAGUAAACUGCAAUUUAAAUGUUGCAUAAAACAGAUUUGAAUGCAUGUGUGUGGAAAGUGGCAAACAAACAACAUAAGUCACUAGAAGAGCAAAGACAAGAGAGGCUAAUCCACUUUCUUUGUUUAAGAAAUCCGAAUGAUUGUGUUUUAAGAUUUGGUCUGUCUUCCUACCAUUCUAACAGGUGUGACCACUAAGGCCCUCAUAUUAUGUAGCCCACCUAGAGGUUUACACCAUUCAGCAACACUAGGGUAAAUAGAGAUUUUGAGAUUUGAGGGGAGUAAAAUAUUACUCUAACUAAUCUGUAGAAUUGGUCAGAAUUGUGCUGUCCAUUUUCUGUGUAGUUGAAUGGUCUCACGUUGUCUGUUGUCUGUAAUGUAGUACACACAACUGUGCAAUGGUACGCAUUAUCUGCUACAUAAUGUUGUUUCUCAGUGUGUAAGUUGAUAGAAUACUUCAUGUUCUCCCAUAUUGGGAUAUUUAUCAUGUUUAAGUUUAUUUCAGGGUCUGAUCCUUGGCAGUGUAUACAUAAUGUAAUCUACACACAUUUCUAAUUUAUGAUGUACAUAACUUGUACACGUCUAUUUUUUUUUUUGCAUCCAAACAGGUUGUGUAAAGAAAUAAAGUAAACUAUUUUGUGAAUGAAUAUUGUUUAUCCUCAUCUAUUAUGUGGAUUUGUUGUAGCAAGGAGAUUUUU